AGUCCAGACACAUGCGGAGCUCAGAGCCCGGAGCGACUCUCUCUCUCUCCCUCCCUUUCUCUCGCUCUCAGUCCGGUUUAAUACGGAUCUUCUGACCUGCUCUCUCAAUAAACCCGCCGUAUCCCGUCAUCGCCCCGUGUUCCCAGCAGCGCGCUUGAUGUUCGAGGUCUGAUCCGUGAAGUUCUCCAUGCGCGCUUGCUCGCGGAGAUGUGGACGCUGCUGAUCAGGCUGGAUCUGGUCUCAUGAGCCGGUGGUGUCUUCUGCUGUGGAAUUCUGUUUUCGCUUUGAAAACUGCUGCUUGGACAAAUGCAUACAAAUGCAUUUAGGAGCCCAACGGACAAGGAGUGGACAAGUUUCUCCCACAACGACAACGAGAUUCCUCGUCCUCCUCCUGUCAACAUGUGCGGCGCUGCUGUCAGCAGAAGAGCCAUCAGCAGCUCCAGGUGUAGACCUUAUUCAUCAGCUGGGCCUUUCUGGUCAAAGAGACAUACACUCUUUUGGGACACCUUACCUCACCUCCCUUGCCUCAUCUCUGUCCAUCCUGCCCCCUGGUGUUGGGGUUAUCCUCGGACGGGAUGCCCUCAUUGAGGCCCCAUCAGUGGACCUGCUCCCCGCAGGCGUGGAGGAGGAGUUUUCUAUCAUAGUGAGUUUAAGCUCCUGGCGAGCGAACAAUGCCUUUAUUUUUAGUGUGCGUGACGACAGGGACAGACUGCAGUUUGGCUUGCAGCUCCUGCCCGGAAGGGUAGUGGUUUACAUAGGCGAGAAAGCAUCGAUCUACUUUAAGUACGAUGUGCAAGAUGGACAGUGGCACUCCUUCUCUGUGGGGGUCCGACCACGCUCCGUAUCUUUCCAAGCACGCUGCGGGGCUGUGCAGUAUGACGAGGAAACGCUGACCCAUCCACAGACGUUGAGCUCUGAAGGCCGCCUCUCUGUGGGAAGGAUGGACUCCAGGGCGGUGCAGUUUGAAGGAGCAUUAUGCCAGCUGGAUAUUUACCCCUCUGCCCAAGCUGCGGCGCACUACUGCGACUAUGUUAAAAAACAGUGCAGACUGUCCGACACUUUCCGAUCUCUGUCAGGGAGCUCAGAAUCCCCAUUCCCGUCGGUUUCACCUUCCCCAAAGUUUCACCACAGCUCUUCGGAAUCACACACAUUUACCCCAACUCUUGCUGAUCACUCCACCAACACUAUUCCCACAGCACUUUUUGACCAGUUUUCAACCACAAGCUCUCCGAUGUUUCGCUCCAGCACACCUAGGCACAUGAACCCAUCUCCAAGAACCUACAGCAAGGUGCAAUCCCUGGACCUCACUUCAGAGACUUCCACGAGCAACCCCGCAACAGAGAAGACCCUUGACGGUGAAAAUGACACUGAGAAUCAGCCGCUUCUCAAGAAGCCCAGAGCAACUCGGGCCACCCCGGACUUGAGCACCAUCGUCAAGCAGAGCCGUUUGAAAGAGGCCUUGAGGAAUGCAGGUAGAUCCCACCAAUCCAACAAAGAGCUUCUGCAGGCCAAUCCUAAAGUGAACAGCACCAUCCUGUACCGUGAAGAGAGCAGCUAUAACCUGGUGGACCAAUCUGAGGAACAGGUCCAGGAGGGGCUCGAUGCAGGAUACUCUGAGGGUUAUGGAUACGACUAUGGUUUUGAAGAAGACGAAUAUUUCUUCGACUAUGAUGGAUUUGUUGGUCCUAAAGGAGAACCGGGUCCUCCAGGUCCCGUCGGCCCCCCAGGUCUCCCCGGACCCCCUGGAAAGAGAGGACCGCGGGGAGCAAAAGGUGAUCCUGGACUGUCCCCGGGUCAAGCGCCGGCAGGUGAUAAGGGUGAAAGAGGACGGCUGGGUCCACAGGGUCCUAAAGGUGAAGCAGGUCCAAAGGGUCCCAAAGGCUAUCCAGGACCCGCAGGUCUGCCCGGAGAACAGGGUUUGCCGGGAUUACCGGGCAUAUCUGGGGCGGCAGGUUACCCUGGCAGGCAGGGUUUGGCAGGACCGGAGGGAAACCCUGGACCUAAAGGUGUAAAUAUCGGAUCGUUUGGUAACCGCUAUCGUCUUGAUGUGUUCCAGGGAAUUCCAGGUCCUGUGGGAAUCAAGGGUCCCAAAGGAAGACAGGGUGUUGUUGGAGAUGCGGGUGAGCGAGGGCCGCCCGGACCGGACGGAAACGAGGGGCCUGUCGGAGGAACCGGCAGCAGUGGAUUUCCAGGCUUGAGAGGUGAUCCGGGGCCCGAGGGACCCCGCGGCUUUCCUGGCAUUGUGGGACCUCAGGGCCUGACCGGAGGGGCGGGGCCUCCUGGAAUGAAAGGUGAUAAGGCUGAACCUGGAUUGAGGGGUGAACCGGGAGAGACUGGCUUUCAGGGCGACAAGGGGACGGCUGGUAAUCCAGGCCCGACGGGGCCACGCGGAAAACCAGGACCUCUCGGGAAAACAGGUGACCCGGGACAACAGGGGCCUCCGGGGCCACCAGGGCCUGAGGGUUUCCCAGGAGACAUUGGUGCACCAGGACCCAACGGCCCCCCUGGACCAAAGGGUAUUCAAGGAGCCCGGGGCCCCCAGGGACCACCAGGGCCAAAAGGAACAGAGGGAGACGAAGGCCCCCCGGGUCCACCUGGAAUGCCUGGUCCCACUGGACGAAUAGGACGGAAGGGUUUCAUCGGUGAACCAGGACCUGAAGGACUGAAGGGCCCGGUUGGACUGAUUGGAAUAACCGGAGUGAUCGGACAACCUGGAGAAAAGGGUGAUCGAGGUCCUCCUGGUCCUUUGGGUCCUCCAGGAGAGAAAGGUUCAACAGGGUAUCCGGGUCUUCCAGGAGGUCCUGGGGAUUUCGGCCCGCAAGGUCCACCAGGUCCACAAGGGCCGAGAGGGGCAGCAGGCAUUUCCGGGCCGAAAGGACGAAGGGGUGAAAAGGGAUCGCCAGGGAAGAUUGGAGCUCCUGGAUUCAUCGGUAAAGCUGGAGCUCCAGGGAAGAGAGGAGCAGCAGGAGUGCCUGGACCUGCAGGACCUGAAGGAGAGCAGGGGCCUGUGGGGGAACCUGGAAUCAAGGGUGAAAUGGGGCCUGUCGGAGAGGAGGGUGAACUGGGCCAACCGGGCAUCAGAGGUCUUCCAGGGCCACCUGGAGAGGACGGGCAUCAAGGGAAGGACGGACCAAAGGGUCGACCAGGAGUUAUGGGACCUCAGGGAGAGCCAGGACUUCAAGGUUACACAGGUUACCCAGGAGAAGACAGUAAAACGGCAGGACCACCUGGGCCCUUAGGUGAACCAGGCGCUCCAGGAGAGAAGGGUGAACGUGGGGAACCAGGAGAGGACGGAUAUCAGCACAACCGUGGACGUCCAGGAAAGAAGGGUGAAAAAGGGCCGCCAGGUCACUUGGGAGAAAUGGGGUCAUCUGGCGAAAUCGGACAGACGGGGGAGAGAGGACUCAAAGGUGCUCGUGGAACCAGAGGACCCGCAGGUCGACCAGGAGUUAUGGGACCUCAGGGAGAGCCAGGACUUCAAGGUUACACAGGUCACACUGGUAAGCAAGGUCCAGCAGGGCCCCCGGGACCAAAGGGAGAAAAGGGUUACCCAGGAGAAGACAGUAAAACGGCAGGACCACCUGGGCCCUUAGGUGAACCAGGCGCUCCAGGAGAGAAGGGUGAACGUGGGGAACCAGGAGAGGACGGAUAUCAGGGUCAUGCAGGGGUCACAGGCGCCCGUGGUGCGAUCGGUCAGCAGGGAUCUCCUGGAUCUCCUGGGCUUCCUGGUGAAGCAGGACCCAUAGGCGAGAAGGGAGUUCAGGGACUCGCUGGGAAGAAAGGAUCCCGAGGUCCCGCUGGAGCUCCAGGUCCUGAAGGUCCGGUUGGUUUGCCGGGGCCCAGAGGGACAGAUGGGUAUCCGGGAUCCGAUGGGCUUCCUGGUCUUCCUGGUUUACCGGGUCUGCCUGGAUCCAAAGGCCGAACAGGUCAGCGCGGUGACGUUGGUCUGGAGGGGAGGGCGGGGCUUCCUGGCCCACGGGGCGAGCUCGGACUUCCUGGUGUCAUCGGAGAGGAAGGGCCAGCGGGAUCAAAGGGUGAGAUGGGUUUGGCAGGCGACACAGGACCGGCGGGUGCUAAAGGCAUGGAGGGGGCGACGGGAGACCAGGGCAUGAAAGGAGAGCAAGGUGCCAAAGGAGAACCAGGUGAGGUGGGAGACACAGGCAUGCUGGGACUCCAGGGCUUUCCGGGACCCAAGGGUCCAAAUCUCCAUCUGGGGUUCGCUGGUAUUCCUGGACUCAAAGGGCCGGUGGGAGUUCUGGGCUUCUCUGGUCCUGUGGGUCCGCUGGGAAUGAUCGGUCCGGUGGGGAAGCCUGGUAACAGAGGACCCAAAGGAAGCCGUGGAGAGAUGGGGCCUCAGGGGCCGCAGGGCAGUCCAGGGCCACAGGGGCCUCCAGGUUUACCCGGCCCGUCGAUACGCAUUAAUACGGACGUUCAAGCGCGGAUGGAGUCCAAUGCACAUCUAGAGCUGGAGAGUUACCAGAACACAGACGCGUCUCUGUCGGAGCAGAGCGCUGAGAUCUUCAGGACGCUGCAGUAUCUGAGCAGCGUCAUCGACAGCAUGAAAACACCGCUGGGAACGAGAGAAAACCCGGCCCGCUUCUGCAGAGACCUGCUGGACUGCCAACACACGAUGAGCGACGGAUUGUUCUGGAUCGAUCCAAAUCUGGGCUGCACGUCUGACGCCAUCCAGGCACUGAGGAACCGAAGCCCGAUGAGCCGCUGA